AUGACAAACGCUUGGAAACAGCUAGAUGUGGCCGUUAUCGGAGGCGGGCUAGGUGGUUUGGCAGCCGGUUUAGCGUUGAGAAGGGCCGGCCACAAGGUUCGUAUAUAUGAAAGGUACGAUUACGGUGGCGAGAUUGGUUCCUCAAUUUCCGUAGCUGCUAACGGCGGAAAGUGGCUUCAUGAAUGGGGGGUGGAUGUCAAGAAAGCCAAACCUGUUAUCCUCACCAAGCUCAUUAGACACAACUGGGAAUCCGGAGAAAUCGAAGGGGUCUACCCGUUUGGAGAUUACGAGAAAUUGUUUGGUUAUCCGUAUUACAACGUUCACAGAAAAGAUUUACACGACUUGCUACAGAGAGUGGUCGUUUCACCAGACGGCGAGGGGACUCCAUGCGAGCUGAUCUUGAAGCACAAGGCAGUGGUGGUGGAUUACGAAACCGGACACAUCAAAUUCGAAAACGGAGAAGAGACGAGCGCCGAACUGAUCGUUGCAGCCGAUGGCAUCAGAACUACGACCAAGGCCCAAUUGGGGAUUACACCCACGUUUGGAACGUCCAACUCGUGCUGUUACCACUUGCUGAUGAGAAGAGCAGACCUGAUCGCCAAUGGGCUCACCGAUUUUUCCGUCGAGAAGGCGAUUGAGUUCUGGGGCGGCGACGACAAAAACAAGAUCGUGCUGUCGUCGUGCUCUGACGGAGAAAUUAUUUCGUGCUACUGUUUCUAUGCAGCAACGGCUGCAGACACGAGGGACGGCUGGCACAAUUCGGCGACACGUGACGAGCUUUUCCAGGUGUUGAAGAAGAACUUGGAUCCCAAAAUCGCAGACGCGUUUGCCAAGGUCAGCUUCGACAUCAAGCAGUGGCGUCUGUACGUGCACGAGCCCUUGCCGUAUUUCUACAAGACGUCCAGGAAGGGCGACGUGGGGGUCUGCCUGCUGGGGGACGCGGCGCACGCGAUGAUGCCGGACCAGUCGCAGGGCGCGGUGGCGGCGUUCGAGGACGCAGGCGCCCUGGGAUACAUAUUUUCCAAGGAGUUUAUCGAGAACACGGGGGUUGUUCCUUCUCUGGCCGGGGGCCUGAAGUUGUACGAGUCCGAGAGGAUGCCGCGAGUGACGAAAAUCCAGGCCGCGUCGCUCAGGGCGAGAGAAAACCUGAAAGAGCGGAUCGGGUGGAGCACGGACGGCGUGGACUCGCCGGACAAGCUGACGAUCGAGGAGGUUUGCGGCUACGAGCCCAAGACGCACAUGGACGGCUUGGCGAGGGAGAUCCUGCGGGCGUAG